AUGCUUGCUUCAAGCAGCAAUCCAAUCUCUUCAUUUCCAUUUAUGAACCAGAUCACCACUUCCUCCAUCAAUGAUGAAAAUCAAAACCCUACCUUCUCUACAAUAUUAGAACAACAACAACAACACAGCCCACCUUCCUUACAAUUCAUUGAUUGCUACAACUACAGCUACAACCCUUUUCUUGAUGAAGAAUUCAUUUUGUUGUACUAUCAAAAACAGCAAUUUCAUGGCACCAAUCCUGCUCCUGAUCAAGAAGUUGGGGUCGAAUCUGAACGCGCCAAUAAUGAGGCCGAGAACAUUACCAAAAAAGAUCAGGAGAUCAAGAAGAUCACCAAAAACCCAAUUUGUAGAACAAAAAGAAGCACGACCAAGGACAGACACAGCAAGAUCUGCACCUCAAAAGGGCCAAGAGACAGGCGGAUGAGGCUGUCCCUAGAAAUCGCUAGAAGUUUCUUCGAUCUACAAGACAUGCUUGGAUUUGACAAAGCAAGCAAGACCGUGGAGUGGCUUUUCACCAAAUCCAGAAGUGCAAUUAAGGAACUCAAGGAGAAGUAUUUCGCCGGGCUGCCCAAUUGUUGCAACGACGCCAAAAGUUGUGAUUCCAAAAAUAAUAAUUUAUCGGUUUUUGAGGAAGUUCCCAGAGAGAAGAAGAGAAGAAGGAAACUGCGUAUUGUGGAUAAAGAAUCGAGAUGUAAGGCGAGGGCCAGAGCGAGGGAGAGGACGAGGGAGAAGCUGAUUCUUCGUUUGGAGAAAUCAAAACUUGAUUUUGAACCAAACCCAAUUCGGGUUUCCAAUCACUGUGAGAAUAAAGUGGUUCAUCUUGCUGAUUCUUCCAUGGAUAUGAAAGCAUCACCUGCAGGUUUGAAUGGCUGGAACUAGAUGAAAUUGAUCAUGAGCUGCCGAGCUGGUCUUCUAUGGAGAAUCAAGCAAGAAAAUCAACGAUACAAGAUUCAAGGGAUGAGGAAGCUUGAUCGUUUGUAAUUUCCGACAGAAUCUAAGCUUUUGUUUAGUCUUAGAUAUAUAUGUUCUUUUCCUAUGUCUCAUUGCAAUGAAUAAAUGUUCCUUAAAAUUAGUGUAAUACUCAU